AUGUCCAUGGCCGCGCUUGCCUCCCUGCCGCACGGGGCCAGCGCUCUCCCCGCGUCGGCGGUACCCACGGUACUGGAGCGUUUCCCUGGGUUCGUUCGGUGCGUUAUGGACAUCGCCCCCGAGGUCGUCGGCUGGGUGAUCGGGCGAAGCGGCGCGCAUAUCAAGGAAAUGAAGCAUCGAAGCGGUUGCGGUAUGUGGGUCGACCAGAAGGACCUCAAGCUCUACAUCACGGGCGCCGACAUGCCGCGGAUUCAUGCCGCUGCCGCGCUCGUGGGGGACCUUAUUUCCAAGGCACCGGUAAACGUCAACAGCGCCGGUGUUGAAGAUGAGGUGACCAGCCACAUGAUCGAGUGCCCCCCUCAUCUCAUCGGCCUCCUGAUCGGCAGAGGCGGUUCCACGAUCAAGCGUAUCAAGGAGGAGAGCCGUGCAAACGUGGUGAUCAACCAGAAGAUGAUGAAGGUAAUCGUCAGCGGCAUCCCGCAGAGCGUCAGGCUGGGCGUGGCCAUGAUUGAAGACGUCAUCACCUUCGGGCGGUCCGCAGAGCAUGGGGCGGGGCUGGGCGGCGCGGUGCCCCCGAACUUCCUCGACUUUCCCGCAGGAGUCGCCGGUAUGGCCGAGUUCAUGGACGACGGGGGUGGGGGGCUAGACAGCUUCACGGUGCGCUCCACGGGCCCCCCCGGGCAGCAGCCGUUCAUGAACCCUGGGGAGGCGGGCGGUGUCCGCAUGGGCUCCUCCCCGCUGUCCAUUCCCGGCAGCGGGGACCCCGGCAGUAACCUGUCGGCAGGAGGGGCAGGUUUCCCGGUGGUCGGCGGGGCCCCCUACGAUGAGGAGCUGAGGAAACAACAGCUCCGCGGCUCGCCGGCGUCCUCGAUGAUGCAGCAGCAACAAGGCGGAGGAGCGGCCGGGGGCGGCGGCGGCGGGCGCCCGGCCAAGAUGGAGGCGGACGUGGCCGGGUUCAACGGCAAGGAGAUGGACUGUGGGGGUAUGCUCGGCCACAACAGCGCGGCGAGCGGGGGGUCGCGGACCGGGAGCAUCAGCAGCGGGGGGACCCCCCCCCUGGUGGGACGGUCGUUGUCAAUGGGCUCCUGGAACGUGAUGGGGGCCCCGCCGAUCAGGGUCGUGGACACCGCCGGGGGAGGGGGCGGGGGGGCGCCUCCGCUUAGGUUGGGCAACAGCCCGGCGACCGGGCUGUCCGUGGCGGGAGCGCUGAUGAACAUGAACAGGCUGUCGAUCAACUCGGACGACUCCAACGGCGGGGGUCGGAGCAUCGGGCAGGCAAGCCGUCAGCGAGAGCGGCCGGGAACGCCAGUUGGAAACCCCGCCGAUCUGGCCGAGUUCCUAGGAGACAUGGGGCUCGGCCAGUACGCACAGGCCCUGACGGAGAACGAGAUCGACCUCGAGGCCGUGCAGCUCAUGGCUGACUCGGACUUCCAGGACAUCGGCAUCCCCAAGGGCCCGCGGGUGAAGCUGCUGUACGCGCUCCGGACCAACCGGUACCCGCCCAAGUCGGGAGAUCUGUCGACCAUGAAGACCUUCCUAGCCUCCCUGGGGCUUGACCGGUACUGCAAGGCGUUUGAGGAGGCGGAGGUGGACAUGGGGGCCGUAGACGUGAUGGAGGAGUCGGACUACGCGCAGCUGGGGGUUGCCAAGUGGUCGUUCUCGGUGGCCCCCGGCGGCGGGGGGGGUCCGCGGCGCGCGCCGAGCUCCGAGGGAGAAGCCGACGGCGGCGCCGGCGGAGACGUUGACGUUGACCCCGCCGCUGCUGCAUGCUCUCCCCAGGCAGCGGCGGAAGAGGCGGCCGAAGGUGUUUCGCGGGAGGAGGACGAGCAGGGGGGGACCCGCGGAGUUGGGUGGGUCGGCGGAGGGGUGUCCGACGCGGAGGAGGCGUUGUCCCCCCCGGUGGACGUGUGGGUCGCUUCGGCGCUGCGCAACGCGGAGGAAGUUUUGGACGGAGGGGACGGCAGCCCCUGA